GGCUGGUAGAGAAGUGUGGAAGUUAAUGCUCUUAACAGUUUCCUCGUUAUUUUGAAGUUUUCGUUGUGGUGGAGGUUUAUUUCACAGUUAUAAAACUAUAAUAUUGUUAGAACUGAAUGCAAGCCAUUUAUAUUGUUCCUUUUUAUUCAGCUUAGGGUAAGAAACGAAAACAUGACCUGUAGCAAGAGAUUGCUAGGGUUCUGUACAGUGUAAAGAAAGUAAACACACUAACUAAUGCGAGUUUGGAAAGUGUCGAAUUUAUCUGCAUGGAUUCAAGUUAUAUAACUGUGUGGUAAGGUACACUUUAUGGUCAUUUAUCGUAUCGAUAUCGUACAGUUUUGAAUAGUAUGUGAUUGGGAGUCAAGGUUAAGUUCUGCAGUAUUUUGGAAGCCUUUGUUGGUGAAGUACAGUAGAGAACUGUUGGAACAUUUUUCGCGUGUGAUUGAAGUAUACGUGUGAAGACGAAGUGUCGCUGUGUUCACUCUUUAAGAUAACAUCUGGUGUUAUAUUUUAUUAAUGUCAAUGAACCAUUUCAUAGGUGAACGAAUGUAGUUUAAGAUUUCGCUGGUUUGCUUGUCAUUUGAACAGUUUCAAGCAAUAACAAACGAAGUUACAGACAUACCGGAGGUACGUUAUUGUUAAUGAUAGUUGCUCAGCCGUUAAAAAACUUUCAAUACUGAAUCAGCCAUUAUUGACAAUACAUUAUUUUUCAUUGACGAAUAUUUUCUUAGUGAUGUUUAAAAUUUAAAGUAGUUAGAUAACUAUUUUGAUUGUGCGUACGUUGAAUUUGAAGAAUCAGGUGAUAAUGGCACCUCGACGAAACCAUCACGGUGGUCAUGGUGGAGCUGGCCAUGGGGGCCAUGGUGGCGCUGCUGGAGCAGCUGGCGCCGGCGGGAACGGGAAUGAAGUUCAAGGUUUUGGUAUCGAUCCUGAAACCAUCGAGAAUCAUGACGCUAACUUGACGCGCUGCUGUGUACCAACUGGUGAGUGUUUGCGUGCUAAUUAUGGCAGUCCCGGUAGCAACAAUAACAAUACAAACGCAGAUAUGAUUAACUUGGAUGAUCUGAGAGACGCGGUCAAAGUGACCUGCAAUAAUGACCACUGUAAUGUUGGGCAGUACAUGCACAGGGAGUGCUUCGAUGCUUGGGAGCAAACGGUCCUAACCUAUUUGAAAUCUUGUGGCCGUGCAAGGUCUUGGUCCGAGAGACAGCGCCAUCAAAACCUGUGGACCAAGAAGGGUUACGAUCUCGCAUUCAAAGCUUGUGGUUGUCGCUGUGGCCGGGGCCAUCUGAAGAAAGAUUUGGAUUGGAUGCCGCCUCCUCCAUCAAAUGUCGGUUUCGGAGGCCGUGCAGAAGAUAAUGCAGAUGCUAACAAGAAGAAGAAACGCCGCAAUCGACAGAAUACAAGACCAACACUGGCUCUGUCCGCCCACCCGGCGUACCACCCAAACAGUAACAACGUUCAAGGGCAGCAGAACAACGGGGUGAAAGCGGGGACGGAAGCCCAGCUGAUUUCUGCUGCCGGCGAGGUCAGGGGUCGCACUGGGUCACUGUCAUCUUCCACUGGGUCCUCGUCGCCACCUGCGUCGGGAUCCAGCGAGCCAAGUGUUUCCCCCGUCCAUAGUGGCUCUGGAAACGGUGCCAAGAAGAAAUCCAAAUUUGAAUUCUUCUCAGACAGAUCACGGUAA